GGACGAAAUCCGAUGUUCAGUAGACAAUUUUCUAGUCAAAUAUUUUCCUCUGAUCGGCGUCCAGUAAUUUCAGUGGAAUUGUACUCCCAGGUUGUAGCACGGGAGGAGUCGGCCCGGAAGAUGUCAUAGUUUGCACAAGGUUGACCCAGUACAAGUACACUCCGAGUUUACUGCUACUACCACAUCUUGCUGCGCACCGGACGAUCGUCCUUCUAAAUUCAAAGCAACAUCAUGCCCGUAGAACAAGUGGAUGGGAGGGUAUAUCUAAACCACCCCAAGGGAUCCUGUGCCGAGCUGUUAUUGUAUGGUGCAACUGUCAUAUCUUGGAAAUCUGCUACAAGAAACAGCACGCAGCCAGUAGAGCAUCUCUUUGUCUCCUCCAAAGCUGCGUUAGACGGUUCCAAGCCUGUCCGUGGUGGUAUCCCUGUCGUAUUCCCAUGCUUCGGAGCUCCUGUCCAUCCCGAACAUUCCAGGCUCGGACAACAUGGGUUCGCGAGGAGUGAAGUCUGGAAAUUCGACAGCAUCGUUAUGGACAAUGAUGCUGGCGUAUCUGUACGACUGACGCUCGAGCCAACCGCCAGCAUUAAAGCAAAAUACGACAAAUCUUUCCAUCUAGCCUUCGUCGUAACAUUGGCAGAGCAUCAGAUUAGCACCGACCUACAUGUGAAGAACACCUCGACAUCGACUGUCUAUCCUCCCGACAGCCUGGAAUUCCAGACUUUAUUCCAUAAUUACAUCCGUGCUCCAGCCAGCGAAGUGCUUGUCUUCCCUCUGCAAAACGUAUCUUAUUACGAUAAAACCGAGUCGACCGAGGAAGUUAGGACUACGGCCAAAACAGAAACGAGAGCCGGUGUAGAUGUACGACGUUUCACUGAUUCCGUUUACGAGGACGCACCUCAAAAAUAUGAGGUUAAUUGGCCAGGAGGAGGCGUAGCUAUCAAAGCUACGAAUUUGAAAGAUGUUGUAGUCUGGAAUCCAGGGAAAGAAUCCGGGUCAAAGAUUGCAGACAUGGAAGAUGGAGGAUGGGAUAAAUAUGUCUGCGUCGAGCCAGGAUACGUGAGAGGAUUUACCAAAGUCGAACCUGGCCAAACCUGGAUCGGGCAACAGGUACUAUCUGUCGUCCACGAAGAACGCAGGAUCAAUCAGCUGUAAAGAGUGAAAGAUAAGCAAGAAUGGAUUAUUGUACUUGUGUAUUUUAGCAGUCGUAAAAGAAGCAAUGAACUUUGUAACAACCUCAGCAGAGGGGAAAUUUCAGAAGCAUUGACAUAUCUGUUGAUAUAG